AGAUACCAUAAAAUGGAGGGACCAAUUCAGGAUCUUGACACCCAGACCCACUUAAAGAGAAGACAUGAAGAAUCUACUUUAAAGAAGGAGAGAAAGAAGGAUGAUCAGAUUUUCAGAGACCUUUGUUCUUAUUCUGACUUAGAACAAAUUAGAUUAAACAAGGAGGGUCUGGCUUCAUUCGACACCAAAGUUGAAUUCCGCCUGUUUUUCGGGCACCAAAAAGAUAAAGAGUUUAUAAGGAAGCUGGGAUCAAUUCCAUUCUUUACCUCUAAUGCGAUAAUUUGUGAUAAAACUAGAAAUGAACAUAAAUAUAUUAGUAAGUUCCUAACCACUUCAUUCCCGAUGGAAGUGAAUGAGUUUGCAUUUAGUGGAAAUUUUGGAAUGAAGACUAAUAUCUCGAAGUAUUUCAAUUCUAUUAUGAGACUAGGUCACAGAGUCUUGAAAGAAGUAUUUUUCAGCUGUCUGCUACUAAAUGAGCAUAAAAUAAAAAGAUGUUUGGCUUCUUUUAAGCAUGUUAAAUCUUUCUGAGUUGUUUCAUGCAAGUAUUCAGUUCCUUAUGUGCUUGAUCUUUCAAAAGCCCUUAUAAACACUCAAAUUGAAAAGAUAAAUCUCAGUUAUUGAGGAGACUCAAAAAAUUGCGAUUGGAAGAAUAACCCUCAAGAGUUUACAUAUUUAAUCCAAAGCCUUGCAACCUCAGUCGAUUUAAAGCUGACUCUCUCAGAAAUAAAUAUUAUUCAUUGCAAGAUCAAUAGAGCCGAAGCUAGACAGAUUUUACAAGAUAAUGAUCUAGGAUCAGUACAAUUAAUAGGUUAG